AUGUCGUACACAUUCUCAAUACUCUCACCUCUUGACGUUCCCCUGUUUACCCACGACUUUGGCACAUCCCGCAGCGGUGGAACUGGUGUUGCAAAUUACACGCCAGGCGAACGCGCCCUUGUCCCAUUCAUCCUGCAUUCUGCGCUCGACAUAGUCGAAGAAGUACAAUGGGGUCCCUCCACGUCUAGCGGCUCUGCACCAAUGUACCUCAAGCAUAUCGACAAGUAUCAGAACUGCUAUGUGUCAUGCUGGAUAACAGGCGGAAACACACGCUUUCUGCUCCUGACGAGGCCACGCGAUGAAAGCCUAGGGCUCACAAGUGGAGGUGCUGGAGGUGUCAGAGGAAGCUUAGCUGGUGGACGAGCAGCACUUGGUGGAGGUGCCGGACUAUACAACCCUAGUAGUCCCGCCACCGAGGAGGCUGUUAAGAACUUCAUGGUCGAUGUGUAUGAGGCGUGGGUCAAAACUAUCAUGAACCCUUUUUUCGCGGUUGGAAAUGGAGAGGUGAUUAAGAGUCCAGUGUUCAGACAAAGAGUUGCCACAGCAGCAAAGAAAUAUCUAUAA